AUGAAGCCGCUGGAAAAAUUUCUGAAGAAGCAAACGUCGCAGCUGGCGGGGCGAACGGUGGCGGGAGGUCCCGGCGGGGGUCUGGGGAGCUGCGGCGGGCCCGGAGGGGGUGGGGGACCUGGCGGGGGCGGCGGUCCAGCCGGGGGACCGCGGCCACUGCAGCGGCGUCAGAGCGUGUCUCGCCUGCUGCUCCCAGCUUUCCUUCGGGAGCCCCCCGCUGAGCCGGGGCUGGAGCCGCCCCCCGAAGAGGAAGGUGGAGAGCCCGUGGGGGUCACGGAGGAGCCCGGCAGCGGGGGACCCUGUUGGCUGCAGUUAGAGGAGGUGCCGGGGCCCGGGCCGCUCGGGGGCGGGGGGCCCUUGCGCUCCCCUUCUUCGCACUCCUCGGAUGAGCUGUCCCCGGGCGAGCCCCUGACUUCCCCACCCUGGGCCCCCCUGGGCGCCCCCGAGCGGCCGGAGCAUCUUCUGAACCGGGUUCUGCAGCGGCUGGCCGGGGGGGCCACCAGGGACAGCGCCGCCUCAGAUAUCCUGCUGGAUGACAUCGUUCUCACCCAUUCACUCUUCCUCCCCACGGAGAAAUUUCUGCAGGAGCUACAUCAGUACUUUGUUUGGGCAGGAGGCAAGGAUGGCCCCGAGGGGCUGGGCCAGAAGCAGGCCUGUCUAGCCAUGCUCCUUCAUUUCUUGGACACCUACCAGGGGCUGCUGCAGGAGGAAGAGGGAGCCGGCCGCAUCAUCAAGGACCUGUACCUGCUGAUUAUGAAGGAUGAAUCCCUUUACCAGGACCUCAGGGAGGACACGCUGAGGCUGCACCAGCUUGUGGAAACAGUGGAGCUAAAGAUCCCAGAGGAGAGCCAGCCACCCAACAAGCAGGUGAAGCCACUCUUCCGCCACUUCCGUCGGAUAGACUCCUGUCUGCAGACCCGAGUGGCCUUCCGGGGCUCUGAUGAGAUCUUCUGCCGGGUCUACAUGCCGGACCACUCUUACGUGACCAUACGCAGCCGCCUUUCAGCGUCUGUGCAGGACAUUCUGGGCUCUGUGACGGAAAAACUGCAGUACUCCGAGGAGCCUGCGGGGCGUGAGGACUCCCUCAUCCUGGUAGCUGUGGCCUCUUCAGGAGAGAAGGUCCUUCUGCAGCCAACUGAAGACUGUGUCUUCACCACGCUGGGCAUCAACAGCCACCUGUUUGCCUGCACCCGGGACAGCUUCGAGGCCCUGGUGCCCCUCCCCGAGGAAAUCCAGGUCUCCCCUGGGGACACAGAGAUCCACCGAGUGGAGCCUGAGGAUGUGGCCAACCACCUUACCGCCUUCCACUGGGAACUAUUCCGCUGUGUGCACGAGCUGGAGUUCGUGGACUACGUGUUCCACGGGGAACGCGGCCGCCGGGAGACGGCCAACCUGGAGCUGCUCCUGCAGCGCUGCAGCGAGGUCACCCACUGGGUGGCCACGGAGGUGCUGCUCUGCGAGGCUCCUGGCAAGCGCGUGCAGCUGCUCAAGAAGUUCAUCAAGAUCGCGGCCAUCUGCAAGCAAAACCAGGACCUGCUGACCUUCUACGCCGUGGUCAUGGGGCUGGACAACGCCGCGGUCAGCCGCCUGCGGCUCACCUGGGAGAAGCUGCCAGGGAAAUUCAAGAACUUGUUCCGCAAAUUUGAGAACCUGACAGACCCCUGUAGGAACCACAAAAGCUACCGAGAAGUGAUCUCCAAGAUGAAACCUCCUGUGAUUCCUUUUGUGCCUCUGAUCCUCAAAGACCUGACUUUCCUGCACGAGGGGAGUAAGACCCUUGUGGAUGGCUUGGUGAAUAUUGAGAAACUGCAUUCAGUGGCUGAAAAAGUGAGGACAGUCCGAAAAUACCGGAGCCGGCCCCUUUGCCUGGAUAUGGAGGCCUCCCCCCAUCACCUGCAGACCAAGGCCUACGUGCGCCAGUUCCAGGUCAUCGACAACCAGAACCUCCUCUUCGAGCUCUCCUACAAGCUGGAGGCUAAUAGCCAGUGAGAACAGAGAUUGUAGUCGGCCUCCAGCAGGGUCCUUGGGCACCUGACACUCAAGCACUUUGCACGAUGUCCCAUCCACCUCCCACUUCUUUCCGCUGGAGCCACUUUCCAUUCCACGGGAAAGACCUGGAUGGACUUACCCGUGGACCCAGGCACCUGUUCACCCUGCUGAAGUCCUCUCCCCUUUGCUCCUUCCAGCAAAAACCACACUCUGCUGGCCCCUGUCCUUGCAGGGAAAGGGGGCAGAGAGCGCCUUCCUCUGUUGCCUCCCAGUGAGGUCUGUUCUUGAUAUAGAAUUGCCAGCCUCCUCUUCCCAAGCAGGAAGGAAAGCUGCCCACCCUUCUGUCUAGUCUUGCAGAACUGAAUUGGGGGAGAGGCUGGCAACCUUCCUCUCCACCACCUGUCCCUUUUCAUGUCUCCCUGGUCAGGGCUGGGACCCCUGGA